AUGCGUCUUCAUGAACGACUGGAGCGUGACCUCUUCGAGAGAAUCAGCAGGGACCCUCUUUACCGUUUCUCGAUCGACCUGACCUUCGAGCUGGGCAGAAGGAAACGAGCGGCUUGGGGAGCAUUCAAGAGCAUCGAGGACGUAGUGAAGAGGACCAGGAACAUCCGGCUCCGCGCUCACCUACUCAACAUCACAUUUCUUCCUGCUUUGACCUACGCUUCAGAAACAUGGGCGUUUCGCAAACCGGAGGAAAAUGCGAUCAGCGUCAAAGAACGCGGAACUGAAAGGGUGAUGCUAGCAGUAACCCGCUUUACGGAAGUGAAAGAACGGAUUCGAAGUUCACUUCUACGUCGCCGAUCGAAAAUCAGAGUCGCUGCCGCAUAUGCCAAGGAAAGCAAAAUUAGGUGGGCCGGACGUGAUACGUUUCAACGGCAGUCAUUGGACCAGAGCCGUUAG